UUAGCUAGCAGGACCAGUGGUUGUAGUUUACACACAGUGUGCCCGUAGCCAAGCAUACAACCAUGGACUGUGGCAAGCUCGUGGCCUUUCUGCUCCUCUGCUCUGCCGUCCUCCGCGGCACCACAGCAGCCUACAACACCUGCGGCGCGGCUUCCUCGAUCAUUCACCUCCACUUCUACAUGGACGAUUUCUACACCGGCCCGAACCCCACCGCCUUGCGCGUCGUGUCCGGCCGCUCCCUCUCGCCCGACAACGGCACGGCGCCGUCGCCGCGGCAGUUCGGCGACAUCGUGGCGCUGAACGAUCCGCUGACGGAGGGCCCCGACAGGGGCAGCGCGCGGGUGGGCACGGCGCAGGGGUUCGCCGUGCGGGUGUCGGAGGGCGGCGUCGUGUCGGACCUAAACCUGCACCUCUUCCUGGAGGCCGGCGAGUACAGCGGCAGCUCCGUCGUGGUGAAUGGCCGCGUCGACCUGGACUUGGCGACGCGCGAGUCAGUGGUCGUCGGGGGCACCGGCCAGUUCCGUUUCGCGCGGGGUUACAUGCUCUCCCGGGAUUACGAAUACGACCUCGCCAAUGGCGGCGUGGUCGAGCUCGAUGUCUACGUUCAAGUGCAAGACUAGACGCGCGUGGACCCACGUGCUCGCUCGCAUUUGUGCAUCCGUGCAUGUUCGCGGUUCAAUAAUCUGCACGUGGCGCGCGAUCCAUUUCAUGUAUAUUGUCUCUCUACUUUUAUAUAGACACCAAAUAAGUGGUAUCGACGUGUUUACACGAAUUCACAGCGUACACAUGUACAGUGUAUAUGUAAGUUAUAGAAAC